ACCAUGUCCAGGAUGUGUCGAAGGCAUGCUUAUGCCAGCGCCCCAUGUGACCGUGCCUUUUCAUACUGUUCAUGGGGUUCUCACGGCAAGAAUACUGAAGUGGUUUGCCAUUCCCUUCUCCAGUGGACCACAUUCUGUCACGAGGAGAUACCCCUCAUCCAAGGUAAGGAGCAGCGGCUGCGCUUUGCUGGAGCAGCCAUAAAGAGAUACCCCAUGUCCAAGGAGUUGGCAACAUCUCGUCAACAACUGAAUGUGUGCAGGGAGCAGCUUCUUGCCAGAGAAGAAGAAAUUGCUCAGCUGAGAGCAGAGAGAAAAAACAUCAGGCUGCUGCUGGAGCACCUGGAGCUCCUGGUUUCCCAGUACGUGCCAUCCCUCCGGAUGACGGCGGACAAGCAGCAGGCGCAGUCCCCAGCCGGCAUGAUCAGCGAGGUGGAGGUGCUCAGGGCGCUGAAGUGUCUAUUUGAGCACCACAAGGCCCUGGACGAGAAGGUGCAGACCCAGAGGGAGCAGGACUGGGAGUGUGCACAGCAGGCCCACAUGCCAGCCACUGUGGUCCAGGCCAUCGAGAGAGACGAGGGCGUGUCUGACAGCGAGGGCGAUGGGGUCACCCUCCUCAGCUCGGCCACUCAGCUGCCGCCCAGCGCGCAGGCCGAUGCUGAGACUCUGCCUCCAAUGAAUGCUUCAGGAGCAGCUGGACGCCAUCAACGAAGAGAUCUGAGUUUUUUAGUGGGAAGAUGUUCAGUUCUAUCCAAAUGAAGGGGGCAACAGAGGAUGAGAUGGUCAGGUGGCAUCACAGACUCCAUGGACAUGAGUUUGAGCAAACUCUAGGAGAUAGUGAAGAACAGGGAAGCCUGGGGUGCUGCAGUUCAUGGGGUUGCAAAGAGUAAGAACGACUUAGCAAUGGAACAACAAUAACAACAGUGGGAAGAUGUUGAGUUCUAUCCAGUCUCUUCUUCAGCAUCAAGUCAAGAAGAACACACCUGGGGUGGAAUGUAGGAGGCCAUGAUUCUCCUGCCCUGGCCUGUAGCUGCCCCCUUUGCCAUGCUACUUUGCAACAUUUCCCGUCAAGAGACACAGCGUAUUUCUGCAGCUUCUGGGCUGGCCAUGUGACUUGGCUUGGCCAACAGAAACAGGCAAAGUGACAAGCCUCACAGGGCCUUGAGAGCUUUGCUCUCUGGCCACUUCCCUGUGAACAAUCCCAGGCCAGCCUGCUGGAGGACAGGACUCCCAUCAUCAUCCCUGCCAGCAGCCAGCUUGUCCAUCAUGAACCAUGGCUACCCUUGAGCAGCCAAGCUCAGCUGACCCACCAGCUGACUGUGGAUGCAGGACUGUCCCCACUGGAGAUCGACCACACAUCUAGCCCCAGUCAGCCCCCGACCCACAGCCUGAUGAGAGAUAAUGGGUGGCUGUUUGCAGCCACUAAGUUCUGGGCGGUUCACUGUGCAACAGUAGAUAACCACAGAAAGGCUGUUCUCUUUUGGCCUGUUGAACAUGAACUGAUGUUUACUGUUGUGUCCUGGAAAUCAUAGAAUGAGCCUGUACGUGUGAUUGGGCCCAAUUUUUUGACAUGCGGCCGAGUUGCCAAAAACUCAGCAAAUGUGACCAGGCACUCUUUAUCAGAAUUGGCUGAGACUUUAUAAAAUCAAAGCCUCAUUUUGUCUUAUUGCUUCAAAAAAUGAUGCUACUGGGAUUUCCCUGAUGCUCCAGUGGCUAAGACCCCAUGCUCCCAAUGCAGAGGGCCUGGGUUUGAUCCCUGCUCGGGGAGUUAGAUCCCACGUGCCAUGACUAAAGAUCCCAUGUGCUGUGACUCAAAGAUACAGCACGAUGCAGGUAAGACUCAGCGUGGCCAAGUAAAUAUUUAAAAACUGGUGCUGGAGUCGACUUGUGGGAGAGGAUGGGGUGUGGUCGCUGGGUUGCCCAGGAUGCCGGGUUCCAGGUGUGAGAUGCUGAGAAGAGAAUGAGUGUGAUCUCCAGAGUGAGGACACGGUGGCAGACACCCGGAAGUCUUAGGCCCGGUAGAGACAGCCAGCUGAGGCCACUUUCUGACUGGGGAGGGGGGAGAGGGCUAGCAACAGUUGGUACCAUCCCGUAGUUGGUCAUAAGGUCUAAGUCGAAAGAAGCUCCCAGAAUACUGCUGUCCCUGGAGUUUUGUGGUGGUGGUGUUAAGUUAUGUCCUCAAGUUUUGGGGUAUUCCUCUGCUCAGAAGGGAACCCAAUCUCCUGCUCCUUAAGUAUGGACCCAGCUUAGUGACCCGCUUCUAACGAAUAGAAUAAGGCAGAAAUGAUAGCAUGUAACUACUGAAAAGUGGGCCAUCAUAGGCAUUUCAGACUCUUCCUCACUCUCUCUCGCACUUCCUGCCCCGGGUGAAGCCAGCUGCCAUGCUGUGAGGACACUCAAGCAGCCUGAGGAGAGGUCCAUGUGGUGAGGAGCUGAGGCUCUGCCAACAGCCCUGUGAGUGUGCUAUCUUGCAGGCUGAUCUUCCAGUCCCAGAACAACCUUCAGAUACCUGCAGCCCUACAUGACAUCUUGACGAUAACCUCACAAGGGACUCCCAAGCCAGAAUUGCACAGCUAAGCCAUUUCUGAAUUUCUGACCCCACUGAAAGAACCUGAGAUAAUAAAUACACAUUAUUUUA